AUAUAUAGAGAGAGAGAGAAAGAGAGAGCAGAAACACAGAGAAGGGAAGAAAGAAGGGAGAGAGCUCGUCGGAAAGAUUUUCGCCGUCGCCGGAAGCCUUGAAUUUCGCUUCGAAGCUCCUCCGUCCUCAGCUUCUCUCGAUCUCCCUCCCCCGUGGGCUUCCCACUUGGUGACCUUUCUCGAGGCGCAGCUCCCGAGAUUUCUCCUCCGAUCUGUCGCCGGAGCUCCCAAUUUUCUCGGGUUUUGGCUCUGCGAGGAGGCCUGGAGACUGGGAGAGAUUGAAGACAGGCGCAUUGCAGCAUGAGCAUCGACAGCCCCGGCACAAGGGAGAAUUAGGGUUCCGCAAUUCUGGGGAAGAAGGCGAAUUUCCAUGGGCGAUGGGGGCGUCGCUUGCAUGCCUUUGCAGCAUAGUAGUAUCAUGGACAGGCUUUCAGCUCCGGAGAAGGCACUUUGCGGUGGAGGCAGCAAUGGAAGCAAUAACAAUGGGUUCAGCUCCAAGCCCCUCAAGUUGGCUGAGUCCGAGCUGAAGAAGAAGAAGAAGAUAAGGAAGGUAGUGAAGAAAGUUGUUACAGUUAGGAAAGGAGAGACACUGAAGAGCGAGGUGGCCGCACAGAGGAAUGACAGCAGCAACAAUAGAGAAAUCGAGAAUGGUGAAAUUUGCACUGACAAGUCGCAGCAGCAGAACGAUGAGGUCGAAGAGGGUGAAUUGGGCACCCUGAAGUGGCCGACUAGAGAAGUGGAGAAUGGGGAGAUAACGUCAGAUAAGUCCCAGAGAAACGAGACUGAGAAAGAUGGAAUUGUUCUUGAUAGGUGGAGAAAAGGAGAGAAGGAGAAGGAAAAGGAUGAGUCUUCUUCAAGUAAAUUAAGGGAACGGGAGAAGGGGGAGAUAACUCCCGAGAAGGGCCGGAGAGGGGAACUUGAAAAGGGGGAAUUCCGGCCAUGGAGAGGCUCCAAUGAUGAGAUUGAGAAAGGUGAAUUCAUCCCUGAUAGAUGGCACAGGAGUGAAUUCGCGAGGGAUGACUUCUCUUACUCUAAGUCGCGCAGCAGGUACGACUUGGGAAAGGACAGGAGCUGGAGGCACGACCUUGAGCGUACCCCUCCACUGGGAAAGUAUCUGGGUGAUGACAUUUCUAGGAGGAAAGACUUCAGCAGGAGUGCAGGGGGUCAGCACAAUAAGGAUUUCUACCGGUGGGAAAGUGGCUCAGAGAGGAGUGGGAAGCUCAGCUCCAAAAUCGUGGACGAGGACAGUUCUUACAGGGGUGAGCACAGCAACGGCAAGAACCAGAGAAGGGAGUAUUUCUCGGGUAAUCGGCUAAAGCGCCACAGUGCUCAUGAUGGAGAUUCGGAUGGUAGUGAUCGCGAUCAUGAUCGCAAGCAAUUCGGGGAUUAUGCUGCUGACAAUGCAGGCUCAAAAAGCCGGAGGCUUUCUGAUGAUGGCACCCGCUCGAUUUAUUCUGACCACCAUUCUCGCCGUUCUCCUGAGAGACCACAUAGAAAUUCUUCUUCCUCUAGAGUAUCCUCAACUGACAAAUACCCUUCUCGGCAUCCUGAAUCUUCUUCAUCUUCUCGAGGAGUCUAUGACAGGAACGCCCGCAGCCCAGUUUAUCCUGAGCGGGCCCCGCGUGAUCGACCAAGACAAAGUGAUCAUCGGGACCGCAGCCCCAUCCGACGCGAUAGGUCACCUUAUAUUCGGGAUAGAUCCCCAUACUAUGCCAGAAGAAAUCCAUACAGUCAUGACAGAUCUCCCUAUGGCCGUGACAGAUCUCCUUAUGGUCGGGAAAGAACCCCUCAUGGCCGCGAUCGGUCCCCACACGACCGCAGCCAUCACUCAGAUCGAAGGAUCAAAAGUCCUAUUCAUGCAGAGCGGUCCCCACAAGAUCGAGGGAGGUACCAUGACCGGAGGGAUCAGAAUCAGGCUAGUAAGGAGCGGUCUCCGCAAGAUCGAGGUAAGCCCCACGAUAGUCGGGAUGCUAGUCGGAAGGCUGGAACAGGUGACAAGCUUAAUUCUCAGGCCAAGAGCAAAGGUGGGGAAGAAGAAAAGCAAAGCCAAUUGGGUUCGAGUGAAAAAGAUGCUAUUCCUUGUUCAAAAGAAUCCCAAUGUAAAAUCGCGGUGGAAGAUGUAAAAGCACCGUCUACUUCUGAGAAAGGUGGCAACAGUGAACCUCGGAAGGAUGAUCUGAUAGAAACGCCUGCUGCAAGUUGCAAGGAGUCCCCUCGUAUUGAUGGGGCUCUUCCAGAAGAGCUGCUAUCAAUGGAGGAGGAUAUGGAUAUAUGUGACACACCACCCCAUGUGCCUGUGGUGGCAGACUCUACUGCAGGGAAGUGGGUUUAUUUCGACUACAAUGGUGCAGAAUGUGGGCCCUCUAGACUCUGUGAGCUCAAAGCACUCGUCGAAGAGGGUGUUAUGUGUUCCGAUCACUUCAUCAAGCAUGUGGACAGCGACAGGUGGGUGACCGUUGAAAAUGCAUCUUCUCCUUUGGUGACUCUGAGUUUCGCAUCCGUUGUGCCAGACAGCAUAACUCAGCUGGUAAGCCCCCCAGAAGCUCCUGGCAAUUCGAUGGCCGAUACUGGAGAUUCUGCUCAACCUGUUGAGGAUGCGCUGACUACUUCUGAUGCUGCUGUGGAGUUUUGCAUGGACGAAAGGAUUGCAGCUUUGCUGGAGGGUUUCACUCUCGUGCCGGGCAAUGAACUUGAAACUAUUGGAGAAGCUUUGCAGAUGACAUUUGAUCAUGAACAAUGGGAUAGGUGGGGAAGUCUUGAAGGUUUCAUUUGGCAUCGAGCUUGCAUUGGAGAGCUGAGUAACCAGAAAACAGACAAUACACCAAGCUAUCCUGGCAUCGCAUUUACUGAAUCGAGGGAAAUUACAGUCCCUGAUCAGGACUUUUCUUUUGCAGUCUGUGAUUCGGGCAGCUGGUUUCCUGGUCAAUGGUCUUGCAAAGGUGGGGAUUGGAAGAGGAACGAGGAAACAGCCCAUGAUAGAUUGUCAAGAAGGAAACUUAUUCUCAAUGACGGUUUCCCAUUAUGUCAAAUGCCAAAAUCUGGGUUUGAGGAUCCUCGGUGGCUCCAAAAGGAUGAGCUCUAUUAUCCUUCUCAUAACAGACGGCUUGAUCUGCCCUCAUGGGCAUUUUCUUGGCCAGAGGAGAAGAGUGAUAGUGAAGGAACUGGCAGAUCUCAAAUUAAGCCUGUUGUCCCAAGGGGAGUGAGAGGCACCAUGUUAUCAGUUGUUAGGAUAAAUGCAUGCGUGGUCAAGGAUCAAGGUUCCUUUUUUUCUGAGUCUCGUAGCAGAACCCGUGGAAAGGAUAGGUACUCUUCAAGAUCUGCUCGCACACAGUCAAACAGUGAAUUGAAGAGGUGUUCUGUUGAGGGUGAUUCUCGAUCAAGAACUGUUGAUGAACACCACAUGCGGAGUUCGAGAAAGACUAUGCCAGCUAUUAACACCCCAAAGGACCGUUUAUGCACCGUUCAUGACUUGCAGUUGCAUUUGGGUGAUUGGUACUACCUUGAUGGCACUGGACGUGAACGAGGGCCCGCAUCAUUUUCAGAAUUACAGUCUCUUGUUGACCAAGGUUCUAUUCAGAAGAGCAGCAGUGUAUUUCGGAAAUUUGAUAAGCUCUGGGUUCCAGUUACAUCUGGUAAUGAAACUUCUAAAGCCAAUGCCAAGUUUCAUCCAGACAGCAAUUUGUCCUCUAGCAGUUCUUCUGGACCUCCUCCUCCACAAUUACACAGCAGCUCUUUUGAACAGAACCAUAGCCUUGGUUCUUUCCACAACAUGCAUCCACAAUUUAUUGGCUAUAUGCGGGGGAAGUUACAUGAGUUGGUGAUGAGAUCUUAUAAGAGCCGGGAAUUUGCUGCUGCAAUUAAUGAGGUCUUAGAUCCAUGGAUUAAUGCGAAACAGCCAAAGAAGGAUACUGAGAAACACAUCUAUCGGAAAUCAGAUGCUUAUCUCCAUGCUAGCAAACGAGCUCGACUUUCGGUUGAGGAAAGCGAUGAGGACAGUGAAAUGGAAGGGGUCAUGCAAACAAUUCAAAGGGAUGAGCCCUCUUUUGAAGAUUUAUGUCAUGAUGCUACUUUUAGCCCAAAGGAAAGCGCGUUUUGUGACGAAAUUACAGGGUCAUGGGGUUUACUAGAAAGUCAUGUCCUGGCACGAGUUUUUCAUUUUCUGAGAUCAGAUAUCAGGUCCCUUGUUUUUGCAUCUUCAACUUGUCAGCACUGGAGAACUGCAACCAGGUUUUAUUGGAAUGUUGCUCGGCGGGUUGAUGUGUCUUCUCUUGGUCCUAGAUGUACUGACUCUGUACUUAGGAGUAUCAUGGAUGGUUUCAACAAAGCAAAAAUAAACUCUAUGAUACUGACAGGCUGCUCCAACAUUAGUUCAGAUGCACUUGAAGAUAUUCUCUGUUCCUGUCCCUGUUUAUCUUUCAUUGACAUUAGAGGUUGCAGUCAGUUUGCUGAAUUGACCCUUACAUAUUCUAAUGUGAACUGGGUCAGGAGCCGUAGGAAUAUGAAUUCCAAAAUAAAGAGCCUUAAACAAUUAACUGAGAAAAGUUCUUCAAACUCUGUAAGCAACAGCAUGGUUGGUGAUGUGGAUGAUUUCAGUGAAUUGAAGGAUUAUUUUGCCAGUGUGGAUCGGCGAGACUCAGCUGGCCAGUCGUUCCGUCGUGGCUUCUACAAACGCUCAAAAGUGUUUGGUGCUAGGAAAGCCUUGUCCAUUAUAUCUAGGGAUGCUCGAGUGAGGCGAUGGGAUGCUAAAAAGUCUGAAAAGGGAUAUAAGAGGAUGGAGGAAUUUCUUGUUGCAAGUUUGAAGGAGAUCAUGAAAGAAAAUACAUUUGAGUUUUUCGUGCCAAAGGUUGCUGAUAUAGAGGACAGAAUCAAUAGCGGCUAUUACAUUCGUCGAGGAAUCAGCUCUAUCAAGGAAGACAUCAGUCGAAUGUGUAGGGACGCCAUAAAAGCAAAGAAUCGAGGUGACGCUGGAGAUAUGAAUCGCAUUAUAACAUUAUUCAUCCAACUUGCAUCGAGUUUGGAAGACAGCUCAAAAUCUUCCUUCCAGAAAGAUGAGAUGAUCAAGUCAUGGAGAGAUGACUCAUCUGCCGGGUCUUCUGCUUCCUCAAAGUACAAGAAGAAACUCCAUAAAGUUGAGAAUGAGAGGAGAUACACAUAUAGAAGCAAUGGUUCUUCUCUAAAUGGUGUCUUUGAUGGAGAGUAUGCUUCUGAUCGGGAAAUUAGAAGGCGCUUAUCCAAGUUGAAUAGAAGAUCAGCCGAUUCAGAAAGUGAAACAUCUGAUGAAUUUGAUUUCUCUUCUGGAACUACUCGAUCUGAGGGUGAAUCUACUGCUUCAGAAACAGAAAGUGACUUGGGAUCGAAGGUAGAAAGUCGAACUGGGGAGUCCAGAAGAGAUGGCUUCCUUGAAGAAGAUGGAGGUUUAGAUUCCUUGGGUGAUGAUCGUGAAUGGGGAGCUCGAAUGACAAAAGCAAGCCUCGUUCCUCCUGUCACUAGAAAGUAUGAAGUAAUAGAUCAGUACCUCAUUGUGGCAGAUGAGGGAAAUGUCAAGAGUAAAAUGCAGGUCGCUUUACCCGAGGAUUAUGCUGAAAAGCUUGAUGCUAUGAAAAAUGGAACUGAGGAGUUGGACAUGGAACUUCCUGAAGUCAAGGACUAUAAACCCAGAAAGCAGCUGGGGUUUGAGGUAAUAGAACAGGAGGUUUAUGGAAUUGAUCCCUAUACACACAAUCUCGUACUCGAUUCUAUGCCUGAGGAGUUGGAUUGGUCAUUAUCAGACAAACAUUGGUUCAUUGAGGAGGUGCUUCUUUGUACUCUGAAUAAGCAAGUCAGGCAUUUCACAGGCACGGGAAAUACUCCAAUGAUGUAUCCUUUACAGCCUGUUAUUGAAGAAGUUGAAAGAAUUGCUGAUGAGGACCAUGAUAUACGUACAGUUAGAAUGUGCCAGGGUCUCUUGAGGGCCAUAGAUGGCCGUCGUGAAGACAAAUAUGUCGCAUACAGAAAGGGACUUGGAGUUGUCUGUAAUAAAGAAGGGGGCUUUGGAGACGAGGACUUCAUAGUGGAGUUUCUUGGAGAGGUCUAUCCUACAUGGAGAUGGUUUGAGAAGCAAGAUGGGAUCAGAUCUCUGCAGAAGAACAGUAAAGAUCCAGCACCGGAGUUCUACAACAUAUACCUCGAGAGGCCAAAGGGUGAUGCUGAUGGCUAUGACUUAGUUGUUGUUGAUGCGAUGCACAAGGCGAACUAUGCAAGUCGAAUUUGUCACUCCUGUAGACCUAAUUGUGAAGCGAAAGUCACUGCGGUUGAUGGUCAGUACCAGAUUGGAAUAUAUUCUGUGCGUAAAAUUCAAUUCGGUGAGGAGAUAACCUUCGACUACAAUUCAGUGACCGAGAGUAAGGAAGAAUAUGAAGCUUCUGUAUGUUUAUGCGGAAGUCAAAUCUGCCGGGGUAGUUAUCUGAAUUUGACUGGGGAAGGAGCUUUCCAGAAGGUUCUUAAGGAGUGGCAUGGAAUUUUAGAUAGAUACCAAUUGAUGGUUGAGGCCUGUGAAACGAAUACUGUCUCUGAAGAGGACUACUAUGAUUUGGGGAGGGCCGGACUUGGUAGUUGUUUGCUUGGUGGAUUGCCUGAUUGGCUUGUGGCAUACUCUGCUCGCCUUGUGAGGUUCAUAAACUUUGAAAGAACAAAGCUUCCUCAAGAGAUUCUCAAGCAUAAUUUGGCGGAGAAGAGAAAAUACUUUCUAGAUAUCAAUCUUGAAUUGGAGAAGAGCGAUGCAGAGGUUCAGGCUGAGGGUGUCUACAACCAGAGGCUUCAAAAUCUAGCCAUCACACUUGACAAGGUUAGGUAUGUUAUGAGAUGCGUUUUCAAUGACCCAAAGAAGGCUCCACCACCACUGGAGAGGCUUAGUCCUGAAGAGGCAGUUUCUUUCCUAUGGAGUGGAGAGGGAUCACUUGUGGAGGAACUCCUCGACUGCAUCGCUCCUCACUUGGAUGGGCGCACGCUAAAUGAGCUCAAGUCCAAGAUUCACGAACACGAUCCAUCCGGUUCCGAUGAUCUACAGAGAGUGCUGAAGACAUCGAUAUUAUGGUUGAGGGAUGAGAUUCGUGAUCUACCAUGCACACAGAAAUGUCGCCACGAUGCUGCUGCUGACUUGAUCCACAUUUAUGCCCACACGAAGAGCUUCUUCAAAAUACGAGAAUAUAAAACGUUCACUUCCCCUCCUGUUUUCAUCAGCCCACUCGAUCUGGGCCCGAAAUAUAGUGACAAGCUGGGAGCGGGAGGUCACGACUAUUGCAAGACCUAUGGAGAGAACUACUGUUUAGGGCAGCUUAUUUUUUGGCACCUUCAGACCAAUAGCGAACCUGACAGCACCCUAUUCAGGAUGGGCAGAGGUUGUCUGUCGUUACCUGAUGUAGGGUCCUUUUAUGCCAAGCUCCAGAAGCCAUCCCGGCAACGUGUUUAUGGACCAGAGACUGUGAGGUUCAUGCUGGCCCAAAUGGAGAAGCAGCCCCAGAGACCGUGGCCCAAGGACCGUAUAUGGUCAUUCAAAACCAGCCCGAAGGUGUUCGGGAGCCCGAUGCUCGACUCCGUCUUGAAGAAUUGUCCAUUAGACAGGGAGAUGGUGCACUGGCUGAAGAACAGAACCUCCGUGUUUCAGGCCAUGUGGGAUCAGUGAGAAACUCUGCACUGGCUGAAGAACAGAACCUCCGUGUUUGAGGCCAUGUGGGAUCCGUGAGAAACUCUUCUGCGACUUCCCCACCAUCGGCUCUUGGAAGCCACUAAUGAAUCGCUCACUCAACUCAAGCCUUCAAUCUUGGAACGGCUUCUGGGUCUAGUCUGCGGAGGACUGCCGGUGAUUUAAUGAGCGGGAGUUGGUCAGAGAACAAGAUCCUCAAAACACACAUUAUCGAGCUGCGCGGACCCCGCCCCCUUUGAAUUCUUGUGUACAGGUUUUGGUUCGUUUUUCUUUGGUAGCUUUGUAAUUCAUUGUGUAGCGGUAGCAGUAGCGGCCAGUGGCAGUUGUAGGUAGUGCCAUUUUUUCUUAGGGUGUAAUUUGUAACUUAAAAACAUAAAGAAGAGAUAGAAAUGAAAAAAAAAAAAGAAGCAAAAGAAAGAUAUUCAGAUUUGCAUUCAGCCA